AUGCCUCUUCUAAGAACUUGUCGACUUCCAUUUAAUAUUUAUCGUGAAAUUCAAGAAGAAUUAGAUAAAGAUUCGUCAGUACCACUAAUGAGUUUACCAAAUUUAACAAAUACAAAUCAUCUUCGUACAUUGACUAUUGGUAUGCACACAUCACGUUUUCUCGAACGUUUAUUAUCGUGUAUACCAUUUAUCGAGAGUCUUUCUAUUGGCGUGAAUGAUCCAUGGAUCAAUGAGGGCGAUAGUUUUGACAUAAACUCACUACCUGCCGCCAUCGAUGGCCGUCACCUUUUGUAUCUGUCUCGUCUGAGUAUAAAUUGUGCAAAUAACAUUAGUUUUCAUCGAAUUAUUGCGCUUUUAUCAAGUGUGUUUGGUCAACUUACGAUUAGUCAUCUGUCAAUAAAAUUAGAAGUAUUUACAUUAAAUUCUGGUCCAUUGAUUAUAUCAGGUGACAUUAUUCAGCAAUUAUGUAUCGAUCGUCUCAAACCAUCGGCAACCUAUAUUCUUAAUCUAUUGUUAUAUGUUCAGUACGACUUGGAAGAAAAAAUAAUUUUCAAUUCAUUUUCAAAAUGUCCAUUUACUAAUCGGCAACAACCAAGGGUGUUUAUCCAAGAAAGGGAUAAUUUUGAUAUACGUCAUAAUUAUCAUUGUUUCAUGACCUGGAAAAAUCUUGUCAAACGUCAGUUAAUGCAGUAG